UAGUUAAAAUGGCAGCGUCCAGAGAUAGCCGAACGAGCUUGAAAUGUUUUUGUUUAGGAAGUGGCGUGUGUCUCCUGCCUGUAUUUACAUACUUCAGUUUUCUGAUAGAGAGUUUGUGGGACGAUCACCAUGUUUACAUAAUAGGAUCUUAUGUCAUCGCCUGUAAUGCUGUCAUUGCUGGGUUAUAUAUCCAAAAUAAGGACAUGUACAAAAAUGGUGUGCGUGCAGGUUUCUUGGGAGUAUGUUUUGGAACUGGACUGCUGAUUAGCAUGUCUGACACAUCAUGGGUUCACUUCGGCUGGUACAUCACAGCUCUUGCCUUCUUCCACUGGUCCGAGUACUACACAACUGCAGUCACCAACCCUAAAGCCUUGUCCUUGGAGUCCUAUCUUCUUGAUCACAGUCGGGAAUACAAGCUGGCGGCACUAGCCAGCUGGACAGAGUUCACCAUCGAAUGGUUUAUUUUUCCUAGUCUGAAGGAGAUUCGAUUUCUGAGCCUCAUCGGAGUCAUGCUUGUGAUUGGUGGGGAGUUUUUGCGGAAAGUGAGUAUGGUGACAGCCAACACAAACUUCAACCACUAUGUGCAGCAUACGAAACAAGCCGGUCACUUACUGGUCACUCAUGGAGUUUACAGGUUCUUCAGACAUCCUGCCUAUGUCGGCUGGUUCUACUGGAGUAUAGGGACCCAGCUGGUACUGUGCAACCCGGUCUGCCUCGCUGGCUACACUGCUGUGUCCUGGAGGUUCUUUAAGGAGAGGAUCUUCGAAGAGGAACUGUACCUGCUGAACUUCUUUGGUGAAGAGUAUAUUGACUACCAGAGGAAAGUCGGCACAGGCUUGCCGUUUAUCAAGGGAUUCCGUGCUGAGGUUUGAUGUAAACACAUGCAGGAUUUGUGUAGUUACUGCAGUAUGUGAUAGACAAUCUUUCAACACUAUGCACAGGAAUGUUUUUUUGACUGUUGGUGAAUUUGUCAAAGGAGAAAUCCAUGGUGUUGCCGGUUUGAAAUUUACAGUUAAAUUUGAAGUUUUUUUGUUAUUUGUCAGUAUUUGAUAGGCAGUCUGUGCCAAAACGUUUUAAUGUACUACUACUAGCCAAGACUUGGCAUUAUUUAUAGAUUUUAGUGUUAGUACAUGGUAGUUGUUUCAGCUGAAUUCUCCAUGUUUACUUGACAGAAAGAAAUAUUUAUUAGACUGAAGAUUAGUGGUUACAGUCUCAGGCUGGAUAGAUGAUAAGAGAUAUUUCAUAUGUACAGUUGUCAACACAAAAUGCAUUGUUUCAGCGUUAGAAAUUGGCACUAGUCCUGUGGUCCUUGCCAAACUGCCCAAAAGUUAAGGUAUCAUAAGGACUAGUAGACAUUUGCCAUUUUAAGGGUUUUGCUAUAGUAUAUGGUAUCAUUACAAGGACUAGUGGAUCAAACCUGUUAGUUUCUACCGCUGAUGUUAGUAGAAUCUCGUGAAGUCAAGGUCCCAUUCCAUCAUGAUAGCAUCCAAGAACCACGUAGAUCUUGUCCAUAGUUUACAUGUGCUGGACAAAGGUCACAAGAGGAUACUGAUGGGUCAGUACUUGGUGUUGUCCUGUUGAUAUGGUUGGAGUAUGCCAGAUACUCAUUGUCAGUACUUUACAGCUUUGUAUACACCACAUUUCUCCGUCACCCAUGAAUACAUAGGGAUGAUAUGACGUGUAGUACUGACUAGUCAAGCAAUGGAAUGAGGCCAUGUCAUUUUCCCGAGGCAAGGAAGUUAACUGACUAUGAAAUUCCAGUUUUCACCCUCGCUGAACUAGGGUGGUAUUUGUGGGCACGAUUGUCAUGAUUGUAGCGCCACCAGUGGUUAUUACGAGCUAUGUCCCUUCUGUCAAGACGAUUUAAUUGAUAGUCAAAAUCUAUAUUGUGAUAAAACGGGUCUUAAUUAGCGAAAUGCAUCAAAUCAUGUGAGCACCUUAAUUAUAAACAUGGAACAGAUUUGGAAAAACCUUUUGACACAGAGUUGGCGGUAAAAACCCUGCAAUUGACUGAAAUCUUCACGGCAGAUUAUAACAAGAUGUUGAUUUCGUCACGCAAAUUUGAUAUGCAUAGACUCCUAAGUCCAGCCAAAAUAUAACUCCAUAAUUCCAGCCUAGUUCGGCAAGGGUGGAAAUUGUACUUUCAUGUUCAGUUAACUCUGUUGUCUUGGGAAGAUGGAGGCUCCGUAUAAUCUCAACUUUGUGCAUCAAUGUUGAGUUUUGUAUGAAACCUACCGUUGUCUGAUAAUGAAGCAAUGUGGAGAAUAGAUGCUUGCAACACUGUAGCACACCCUGCACAAGAAAUAUUGCUUUUAUGUGAUCUGAGCACUCAUUAGCUUGAGCGCUCCUUCAUCUCCCUCACUGGAACUAGCCAAUCUUGAUUUGUUGGUUCAGUAUACUCGACUACGCUGCAUAAUGAACAUGUGUAUUGAUGGGCAUUUCAGGCGUAUAGUCUUCACAAACCUAUGAUGUAUUGAUAGUGGCCUGAUGCUGUACAUUCAGCCCAGCUCAAUCCACUGGGACCGCCUCCGUGGUCUUGUGGUAGAGCGUCCGCCCGGAGAGCGGAAGGUCCAGGGUUCGAUCCCGGGCCGCGUCAUACAAAAAGACGUUAAAAGAU